CUGGCUGCCAAUCACAGGAGAAAGGGGUUGGGAUUUUGUUUGUGCCUCUGUCUGAGCAGAGAAUGGCUGAUGAGGCCACUGAGCCUUGCCCUGGAGAGCCCCUCUGUCCCUGCUAUCCCCAUCUCCCCUGGCCCAGACUUCUGCCCUUCACGCCCAUCCCUGACCAGCAGCCCCACUCAGUCUGGGCUCUGGGUGCCAGCUGGUUAUAGACAUGCCACCUGAACCCAGGCCAGGAGCUGGUGGAUGCGUGGGGCUAUUUUAAGCACAGCUUCUUGGCCUGCACACUCCCCUGGCCCCCAGCCCCCAGCCCCCAGCAGCUCAGCUACUGGUCAACUGCCACCGCCUGGAAUGCUGAUUGGCAGUUGGCUGGGGUGGGUGGGGGCUGGGAAGACACUAUUAGAAAGCUGGGAGUGUUGGGAAGCAGCUGUCCCCGUCCAGAGUCCUCUGUGUUCCCUGCUGCCACCAUGGCCACUCACCGCCUCGUGAUGGUCCGGCACGGCGAGAGCACAUGGAACCAGGAGAACCGUUUCUGUGGCUGGUUCGAUGCAGAGCUGAGUGAAAAGGGGACCGAGGAGGCCAAGCGGGGAGCCAAGGCCAUCAAGGAUGCCAAGAUGGAGUUUGACAUCUGCUACACGUCAGUGCUGAAGCGGGCCAUCCGCACCCUCUGGGCCAUCCUGGACGGCACGGACCAGAUGUGGCUGCCCGUGGUGCGCACUUGGCGCCUCAAUGAGCGGCAUUACGGGGGCCUCACAGGCCUCAACAAGGCAGAAACGGCCGCCAAGCACGGGGAGGAGCAGGUGAAGAUCUGGAGGCGCUCCUUCGACAUCCCGCCGCCCCCGAUGGACGAGAAGCACCCCUACUACAACUCCAUUAGCAAGGAGCGUCGGUACGCAGGCCUGAAGCCCGGGGAACUCCCCACCUGCGAGAGCCUCAAGGACACCAUUGCCCGGGCCCUGCCCUUCUGGAACGAGGAGAUUGUUCCCCAGAUCAAGGCCGGCAAGCGAGUGCUCAUUGCAGCCCACGGGAACAGCCUGCGGGGCAUUGUCAAGCACCUGGAAGGGAUGUCAGACCAGGCGAUCAUGGAGCUGAACCUGCCCACGGGGAUCCCCAUUGUGUAUGAGCUGAACAAGGAGCUGAAGCCCACCAAGCCCAUGCAGUUCCUGGGUGAUGAGGAAACGGUGCGGAAGGCCAUGGAGGCUGUGGCUGCCCAGGGCAAGGCCAAGUGAGGGGUGGGCUUGGGCAAUAAAGGCACCUCCCCCCACA